AUGGAAUCCAGCUCAAAUGCAACACGGCAAAUCCCGACGGCUUCGACCGACCAAGAGGAUAAUAAAGAAGGUGCAACUAGUUCGGAAAGCUCCGAGGAUUUGGCAUGCUGCGGUAAGGCAACGUGCUGCGUUUGCUUCCGUGACGUAUUGGUGACGUCACCGUUGGUCAAAAGAUGCGAGGCUCUAACCUGGGGGACGAUAUUCUCGAGCGUCAUCGCCUGCAUGUCGCCAGUCGUUACGGUCAAUUGCCUUUUGGCGCUCGCUGAUCAGGGAUUCGGCGAAGACAAGGACAUUUCGGGGAUGCUGUGCGCGGCCUGUUCGAUAGACGGUGUUCACAUCGUCGCCAUAUUUUCAGUAGCGUUUUCAGUUGUUUUUGACGAUUUCGACGGCGACAAAUGGUGGUCUUACCUGCCUCGGGGGCUUCGCGAUAUGGCCUUUGGACUUUUCUUCGGAACCAGUUUAGGCCUGUUUUUGAUAUUCUUUCCUCACCAGAACCACAAAUACGCGACGUUCUAUCGCGUACUCAAUUUAUCCCUCGGUGCACUGUGCUUCAGCGUUGGAGCAAGUUCGUUCGUUAUAACUGGCGGUGGAUUUCUGGCUACGGUCUUCAUGAGUUUUAUCGCAUGCACUGGGUGGAAAAUAAUAAUUACUAAAUUCGACGUUGCUUCAAUCCGGAAAUUGGUGGGAAUAAUUUGGCACAUAUUGCAGCCAGCGUUAUGCGGUGUUAUUGGAGCUGAUGUGAAUUUUUCGCAUUGGACGGUAAUCCGGACGGGUCUCUACACAGCCUGCAUUUUAAUGGGUCUUUUAGCUCGCCUGAGUUGCGCCAUAUUGUCAACUUUGAAAAUGCCGUUCACCAUCGGUGAAAGAAUUUUCGUCGCCGUGUCUUGGCUGCCCAAAGGCACAGUCCAGGCUGCUCUGGCUCCGAUGGCUUACGAGCACGCUUUGGCAAAGAAUAACACGAGGGAAUUGGAGCUCGCUGAAGACGUUUUGAAGGUGUCCGUGUUGGCGAUUUUGUUCUUGGCUCCAAUCGGCGCGAUGAUUAUGAUGAUUACCGGUCCUCACUUGCUCAGUCGAAUUUCAGCGGAUGCAAUAGAGGAGCGCAGAUUACAGAGUUUGAGGACGUUGACCAUGAAAGUCAAAGCGAAAAAUCCGGACACUUGA